CGGGCGGCCCAGUAGCACACAGCUCAAGCGUAUCGGCGAUGCAACAUGCUUGGCUUCUGUGGCUGCUCGUUAUGAGCCUCUUCGUGCUUACCAGCGCGGCGGACGGGUCGAGCAAUGGCUCUGAGAUCGCAACGACCCUCGCGCCUGCGACAGAGGCUCCUGCAACGCCGGUCCCAACGACGCUCACCCCAGAGACACCCGCUCCGACGCCGCCGCCAACGACUGCGACGCCAACCGCUACGACGACAGAGGCUCCGGCAACCCCAACAUCCGUCCCAACGACGCUUGCUCCAGAAACACCCGCUCCAACGCCGCCGCCAACGACGCUUGCUCCAGACACACCCGCUCCGACACCGCCGCUGCCCACGACUGUGACACCAGAAACGCCGACUCCAUCCUUAACAGCGUCGGUGGUGCCGUCGACGUUGCCACCGUCACAAUCCACGACGGAGCCUGUCCCAGUGGUCUCUACGAGCACGCCGUCCAUCGCGACGACCACAGUUGCACCGUCUGUGUCGCCAACGACGACGAGUCCCACGCGAAUCUCGGCCAGUCCGUCGGGGUGGACGCCGCAGACAGAGGCUCCACUCGUUCCGUGGACGCCCGCACCGACGGCACCGAGUACCGCCACGUCGGUCGGUACGUCGUCGUCCGAGUCGUCGUCGACGGGUGUCAUUCUUGGCGCGGCGCUUGGUAGCACGGUCAUUAUCUGCGCCGUGGCCAGUUUUUGGCUCUGGCGCCGCUACAAGAUCAAGCGAGAGCUCGCGGAGCUCGCACUUGCCCACCCCAAUAUGAAGUCCGAAACGCCGUAUGCAGAGCUCACCGAGGCAACCUUUUAGGACGAUAUAUUGCAGUCUCCCAUGACAAUGUAAUAGUACAUCAAUGGCCACCGCGUCACAUUGACC